AUUAGUUGUUCUCUUGAAUUUUGAAACGCUCUCUAUAUACUAAAACCUUUCCCAUAUUCCUUUCUUCACCCCUUUUUACCUGUUGAGUAUUGGAUCCAAAGAUUUGAUUUUUGUGUAUUAUUUUGUACCAUGUCAAAUGGGUUGAGUAAUGAUCUUUUGUUACAUGCUUAAUGAUUGAAGCUUUAUAGAGUUUUUCUCAAUGGGGUCACCUGAAUGGGUUGAGUAAUGAUCUUUUGUUACAUGCUUAAAGAUUGAAGCUUUAUAGAGUUUUUCUCAAUGGGGUCACCUGUUUUUUUCCUAUUGUGCAUGCUCCAUUCUUUGGUGGCCUUAACUUGUGGAAUCUUAAUGAUGUUUUAUAGCAAUGAGUUAUAUGUAUUUAGUCGUGGGAAUGAAAGGGCCAGUAAAUUGCUAGGAUCAACACCUCAUGAUCAGUUGAUAAUUCGAACAUCAGAUUCAUUUUCGGGUCUACUUUUGUUUGCAAUUGGAUUUCUUUUGUUGAUGGUUGCAUUUGUAAAAGAUAGAGAAAUCCACAGCUUUUUUGCUAAGGGUUGUGUUUUUCUUCAUGUUGCUAUGGCUAUUUGGAGAAUUUACUUUGAGAGAAAGGUUGAGGAUCUUGGUGUUGAUUGGGUGAGGCUUGUUAUUGGGGACAUUGCUUUGGGACUUUCUUGGGUUUUCUUUCUUGUCUGCUCCUGGAAAGAAAAGUACGAUUAGUCUUGGAUUUAACCCCAUGUAUACACAAAAGUUUAACGAAAUUUUUAGUGUUUUUUGAACUUUUUAUAGCAGUAAUUUGUUGUAUUUUCUAGUUUAUAAUCCCACUUGGUAUGGACAAUUAAUUGUAGUUAUUUUUUUUAGAUGAUUUGACUAUGUAAGUAUUCUUUUAGCUGUCGGUUAGUAGAA